CGCCGCGCAUCGUCGAAGAACACGACGCUUGUCGUGAUCUAUACUCUUUACAAGUCGGUCAGUGCGUGGCGUCUGUAGUGGGACAGGAGCCGGUGUCUCAAGUCGAGACUAUGGUCGACGCUUGGUAUAUACAAAGCUUGUUGUACAAAGGCAAUGUUACAUACUAUGUGCCACCACGAAAAGGUGAAAAAUACUACGGAGAUUUUGCGCAGACCAUGUGGGCGAAAAGUUAUAUGGUGGGCUGUGCUCGCAGUCGAUUUAAGACGCUUAGGCGCGGUCGUCUUCUAAAUGUGGAGCGUCUAGUCUGCAACAUAGCACCGUUCGGGCCGCAGCCGACGAUGCCAUUGUGGUUACCUGACGCACCAACAGACGCCUGUCCAACUCGUGCAAUGCAAUCUAUUGUAUGGCAUAGCCUUUGUGAUUAUCAACCCAAAAAUCCAAACGAGAUUAUAUCGCUGGACCCAUCUAUGACACUUGAAGAUCAUUUAAUUUUAAAUGCCGUAUUAGAAAUAGAAAAAAAUAAGACAUUAAACUAUUUGGGUAGUCUAGACAAGCUUUAUUUAGCCAAAGUGGCUAGAGCAGCAAUAGCGAAUAUGUAUACGACACAAUCAUAUUUGGAUUCGGUGCAGAAGAGUGAAAUCAUGGAUUUGGUAAAUGUUAUCGCGAUCCUUACCAACGAUAGUACAAUUGCAUUUGGACCUCAAGUGGUAACAGAAAACCCAAGAUUAAAAAAGAAAACUUUGUUGAAUAUUGUAAAUACAACGGUGGCACUGCAAACUGAAAGAACAACAAAAAUGACAAAAGCCAAACAAACGAAACAUAAACUCAAUAUGAUCGAAGGACCGGGAGUUUACAAAAUGGAAGAUUUUACUGAUUUCCUUGAAAUGACAGAAAAUAUCAGAGCCAUUGAGGAAAUACCUGAGAAAGACAAGAAUUAUUAUGCUGAAAACGGUUUGAUUGAAAUGACCAAGAGUAAAGUUCCAAAUUAUACUGAGUACUCUAGUGAUAAAUUCAAAAAGGUGCAAUUGUGCCAAAAUCGCGCUGAGGGUGCAUGUGUACAUGAAGUUCAAAGUACCAAUCAUUAUGCUUUCACGGUGGCACCUAAACAACUUUUGGAAGAUGUGACAAAUGAAAGACAUUUAACAAGCAGACGUCAUUUUGGUGUCUUUGAUAUACAUAUGUACGGUCUGAUGAAUGAUGAGAGCUUCAGUGGUAGUGGAGACGAUGACUUUCUCAUAACAGAAAAUAGUACUACGUCGAUUACGACGGAAGAUCCUGAAACAGUUCGCGAGCUACAAGAAGCUUUGGCACGUAUGGAACGUGAUAUGGAACCGUAUGAUCCAACCAGAAAGGAACGAAGAGAUCUGGGUGUUGGAGAGCUGGAAGCGACAUCUCGUGAAUAUGCAGAGACUCCGAGCAAUGAUUCAGACAGUGGUGACCAAAUACUAAAAAUUUUAAAGUUAAUCCCUUCUUGGACAGCGCCUACAGAAAGUCCUAAUAUAGCUAUUCGUGUUACUCCGUCUCUUGUGAUAGUUUUAGCUGUACGUUUGUAA